ACAUUCAAGGAAAGUGGGAAAUUGUUUUUGGUACGGAGGAGUAAUUCAAUAGGCUAUGGGUGAAUAUAUGCUCAUUCCUCUUUUAAGCAGAAAAUGAAACCCUAAAGUGAAUCGGAUGCAAAAGCUCAGGGAAAAGCAAGGCUAACGAGGUACAAGUUUUGGUCGUUAGCAUGGAAUUAAACGGACAAAAAUCAUCCGGGGAUCAUUUUGAUACUAACGGAGCAUUUCGCAGGCUGUCUUCCGACGCAUCCAAUCGGAAAUAUAGGCGUCGGUCUCCAGUUGGUCGUAAAGGUUCAACCGAUGGCUUAAUAUUAAUAAUGCAUUUUCCUUCAAAUCUCUUAAGCUUGCCUUUUACUCGUGAUAAAGUUGGGGAUUCUGGUAUCGUUCUCUGAUGAUUAUUUGAAGUGAUUCCAUCUUCGUUUGCUAUAUGUGAGCUGUUCUGUUAAUGGGUCGUAGCUCCUCCAGGUAGCCCUGUCCGUAGUAGGACUUCCAGUCUAUCUCCAACACGGAAGAAUUCUGAGAAAAAUGGCGAUAUUGAUCGCAGAAGGACAGAUGAUGAAAGAGAUUCCGGAACUAGAGAUAAGAGACAUUCCAAUAACCAAUCUUCUAGAAGUUCUCAUAGACGCACUGCAUAUGAUGAUGACUAUGCGCGGCAUGGCACAAGUCAUAAUGAUGAAAAUAGGGACUCUACAAAAUCUUCCCAUUCAUUUAGGAACUCCAGAGACAAACAUUAUCUGGAUCACUCAAGCAGAAAUGUUGAUCACCGAUCAAGAGACUAUCCACAUCAUGUUGACAAACACUACCGAGACAAGUAUGAUGGAAACAGGGAUAUGGGAAGAGAAACAUCGUACCAUGAGAAUGUAAAGCAAAGAAGUAAAGAUUCAGUGUCCGAUAGAGUUGGGUCUAGUAUGGCACAUAGUGCCAAGGAAGGGGACAUGUAUAAUGAGUAUAGAGAAAGUAAAAGUGAGAAGACGGACCACAGGAGAGAUGAGAAGUUUUCUUCUAGCAAAGACGAGGUGUUUGUGGCUAAGAGGUCUAAGUUUGAUAUCAUUGACGUGGAGACAAAGAGCGGAAUAGAUGAUGAAAAACAUUAUUCAAGUCCAAAGCAGGGUGAAGUUUCUUCGGAUCAGGGAGUCAAAGACUCUGAUAUAGAUGCUGCAAAAGUUGCUGCUAUGAAAGCUGCUGAAUUAGUUAAUAAGAACCUUAUUGGAACUGGUUGCUUGACUGCUGAUCAGAAGAAGAAGCUAUUAUGGGGAAACAAAAAGAGUAGUUACAAAUCUGAAGAGUCUGCUCACUGCUGGGACACAUCAACAUUUGGUGAUCUAGAAAGACAAGAAAAAUUUAACAAACUCAUGAGUCUGAGGGUGUAUUGGUGGUACCUAUGGGGAAUUGUAGGGAGUGAAGGGCAAUACCAGCGUGGAGCACAAACCACCAGGUGGGGUCGUCCCCGAAGCUGCUGUAGAGAAGCAGAGGGAGCAGCAGUUGCAGAUAGACUUGGAGAGACAAUAUACUGCCGGACUUCGUCGAAGAGAUGGGCGUACUGUUGGAUUAGGCCUUUAAGAAUAUGUUUUGAGCGCCUUAUCAUGAGGUUCAUCAAGAUCACAGUCACUUUGGUAGUGUCUUGCAUGACGUUCUACUUUUCUUCUGGGUUUGCUGGAUAUAAGUUUUAUUUAAACGGGUGUUUAAUGUUUCCCUAUGGGCUCGGCUUGCAGUGUAUUUGGAAAUUUAUAAAUGAUCUUUACAGAAAA